UCUACGUCGUUGAACACGUCACACGCCGGGACAGCCCCCGGAAUCGACGAGCGAGGAGGAGGAAUCAGGGCAUGUCAGAGGAACUUGUGACACAUCUCGGUGGAUGUCAUUGUGGGGCAGUGAAGUUCCAAGUACAGGCACCAAAAAUUAUUAAAGCAGUGAAAUGCAAUUGCAGUAUAUGUGACAAGAAGCAAAACAUACACUUCAUUGUGCCAAACUCUAAAUUCAAAUUACUACAGGGUGAAGACCAGAUAACAUGCUAUACCUUCAACACGCAUAAAGCUAAACAUACAUUUUGUAAGAUUUGUGGUGUACAAAGUUUCUACACACCGAGGUCAAAUCCAGAUGGCAAAGGAAUAAUGCCUCACUGCUUAGAAUUUGGAACAGUAGAUAAGGUCCUGGUGGAAACGUUUGAUGGUCAGAACUGGGAGAAAGCUAUUGAGGUGAAUCCUGAAAUACAGCAAAGAUCUAAAGAAAGUUAGAAGACACCAAUUUAUCCUAAAUUGAUCGCUGGAGAAAAAAUAAUUAACUAUUGAUAUGAAUCCACAAAUGGGAGGAUUAUAUAAUAGAAAGUUAGUAAAAACUACUAAAAAUUACGAAAACCAGAAGUUAGAAAGAAUCCUCAGAAAGAUAAAUUAUUAUUAUUAUUAUAAUUAUUAUUAUAGAACAUAAUUAUUAUCUCAAAAUACAAGGCUUAGGUAGUGAAGAUGUUUUUUAAGUCAUGAUAGAAAAUCCAGUGCUGUCACAAAAACAGUUUUUGUCAGAAGGAAGAAAACUAAACUCUUUAUUACUUUACAUUAAAAUGUUUACAUAUCGGUAUCUUGUCAUACCACAUAUCAAAAUAAUGGUAUAAUAUAUAUAUAAUUUUUAUAUGAUUCCUAAUUUAAUAAAGAUUGGCAAGAUAUAAUUGUGUCUAUAUGGAGUUGUUUCAAGUUUCAACGUAGCUGUUACAAAGAU